AUGAUCGAAAAAAAUGCGGCAGAACGCGCAAUAGCACUUACUAAUCUCCUAAACGAACUUUUUGCAAAAUAUAACCAACAUGAAAAUCCAACCGUUAAUUGGAAAUUAUGGUGGGUUCGUUCCUACGAAAGAUACGUCACUAAAUUGGAUGGAAGAGCUUAUGGAAAUGGUCAUAAAAACAAGAAGACAUUGCAUUAUAAACGGUUUAGAAUUAGUGUUAAAUUCGCGGACUUAUUUGCUGAAAAUGCUUUAAUAAUUCUUGAAAUCAAUGAUGCCCUCUCCGAUCUUACCAAAAAUACCGUUGGUGUGAAUCUUAAUUCUGAAAAAACUGGUAAUAAUAAUGUCAACUAUUCUAAUGGAAUGACAAUUAUUAAUAAUAUCCCUGCUAUGAAUAUCCCUAAUAAUACA